AGUUGUGGAGGAGUCUUUUGUUGUUUCAUUGUCAUCAUGGCUGCUGUUCAGACUGAGGUUUCCCUGUCCUCACAACCCUGGCAGAGGCCCCUGUACAUCUACGGAGGGUUGGCAUGCAACUCACUGAUGGCUGACUUCUGGUCCGACAGAACUCCUCUCCAUGAAGCCGCCUACCAAGGCAGACUGCUGCACCUGAGAAGCCUCAUCGCUCAGGGCUUCCAUGUAGACACACUCUCCAUGGACAGAGUCUCCCCUCUCCAUGAAGCUUGCCUCGGUGGACAUUAUGCUUGUGCUAAGUUCUUGGUGGAAAACGGUGCAAAUGUGGAGGCAGUAUCAACAGAUGGCGCCACACCUCUCUUCAACUCUUGCAGCAGCGGGAGUGCUGCUUGUGUGAGGCUCUUGUUGCAGCACAGUGCCUCCGUACACACCCCCUACCAGCUGGCAUCACCUAUCCAUGAGGCUGCUAAGAAAGGUCACACAGAGUGUCUGGAGCUGCUGCUGUCGUAUGGAGCUCAUAUUGACGUGGAGCUGCAAGUGGUGGGGACGCCGCUGUACUCUGCCUGCAUGGCCGGGUCUGCAGCCUGUGUCAGGGUGCUGCUACACUCAGGAGCAGAUGUCCAGAUGGGGUGUGGGCAGGACAGUCCUUUACAUGCUGCAAUUCAAGGUGGAGAAGCAGAAGUUGUGAAUCUUCUGCUGGACUUUGGGGCCGAUGGGUGUCGUCGGAACGCAGAGGGAAAGACCCCUCUGGAUUUGUCAUCGCCCAACAGCGCAGUGAGAGUUGCACUGCAGAACAAAGGUCCCUGCUCUCUGUCUCAGCUCUGUCGGUUCUGUAUACGUCGAAGUCUGGGGAGGAGUCGUCUUCACAGAGCCUCGGGCCUCUUUCUCCCACACAGCAUCAAGGACUUCCUCCUCUACCAAUGAGACGUCUCUGCCCUGCCACCGUGGCUCUUUGUUUGCUGCAUCGACUGAGCUGUCCUUUAUGUUUGUACCUUCUGUCCCUGACUAACACGAUGCAGGGAAAAAAAGAUUUCCACAUUCAGAGAAUGGGACAUAGUGAUCUGUAUUUUAUUAUACGGUUGCUCUUAGAAUUAUAAUUGUUAUUAACAUAUUACUCAAAUUCAAUUCAGUUCAGUUUCAUUUAUAGAGCCCAAUAUCACAAAUCACAAUUUGUAUCACAGGGCUUUACAAUGUACAAUAUGUUUUCUGUCUGUGGACCCUCACAGCAGAGAAGGAAAAACUCCCCCUAAAAAACCCUUUAACAGGAAAAAACUCAAAUUAAUUAAUUAAUGAAGUUAUUACCAUUUUUACUUUUUUUACAAAAUGUAUUUAAAGGGAAACUUCACUGACUUUACACACCAAAGUCCAAUGUGUUGGAUAGUGCAAGUGCAUAUGCAGAAAUAACUGCAUAAAGCUUUUUGUGGCUCCAGAGAGAGCGGCUCAUAGUUUCACACGUUGCCUCAAGUGAUGACACUAGAGUCAAUAAAGACUACAAUUAUCACAAUAAAAAAUAAUCUUUGUGUGUGAGGAGUCAGAAAGAGGUGGUCUCACCAGACCUCAGUAGCUCCUCCUCAUCUCUGCUUGAAGCUAUUGAGGCUACAUUAGCUGCUAUUAGCAUAACAAACGUAACACCUGACUCUCCAACAGAACUGGUUGGUUGAGUUGCAUUGUGGGUAACGUAGGUGACAAGAAGGAUGUGUGGGAAAAUAAACAAUAUCUGUUUCUGCUGCAUCGGUUUUGAUCAUUUUUUACGUGCAAAGCCAAAACUUGUGUAAGAUAUUCUCAUACAGGAUUCACAAAAUAGUAUAAGGUGUAAAUCCGUAUAUCCACAAAAACUAAAUACUGUAUUUUGUAAAAAAGUAUUUUAACAAGAUGAUUGUAAUGUUUUGUAUUCUUUGGUGAUGCUCGUGUGAGAACACCUCCCUCGCCCUGUUAAUAGGACAAGUUCCCAUCAUUUGUGUGUAAAUAAAUAU